CGACCUGCAAACCUUCCACCCCCAACAUCCUGUGACAACCAUGGCAACCCGCUCGACUGCACGCUUCGAGCGUGAGCAGGUCAACGAUGACAUGCUUGAAGUCGCAUCUCAACUCUUCACCGAGAAUUACGGAAUUUGGGCCCGGACUGGCGGGCGCCCCUUUGGUAAACCAGGUACUCGCAUCAAAAUGACCGCACCCCGCCUACGGGCUCAGUGUCUUCCCGAAGGAUCGCGCAGCUGCUAUGUGAGAGCCACUGUCGACGGCGUCCUGGCAGGUCACGUCUUUGCGUGCCGCUGGCGAUACGGAGAUCUUCAGGUUUGCUGGAUUACCCAGCUCGUCGUUCAUCGCGACUAUCGUGAGCGCCGCCUCGCAACGACUCUCCUCCUGGCACUCCACGACCCCGAUGACGACGUCUUUGGCAUUAUGAGCUCUCACCCGGCUGCCUGUAGGACCCUUGCGAAAGCCUUUGGAAGUUUCGAAUUUUCCCGUACCCCCUUGGAUUUCGCCCGGCAACACACUGCUGGCGUUCUCGCAGCAUCUCCAGUCAGCUACAUCAAGGAUGCGAAACCAUGCGGAAGCCUCUUCCACCCUGCGGACACAACUGGGCUUACGUGUGGUGUCAAUUCGAACUUUUUUGUCGAUCAUGCAGAGCCCCUUGAGGCCCUCAAGCGGGCGAAGGAGUCCAGAGGAUGGCCGCUUGGCGAUUUGCCUGAUGGACACGAGUUUCUGCUCUUGUUUGACGUGGCGCACAGAAGGGGAUCACCACAGGGUUCAAACUAGGAACAGCUAUGGUCAGAUAAUGAUGGUGUUAGAUAUUCAGGGAUAGAAAGUGGCGGCAUCACAGAGAGCUUUGAGAAACAGAAAAAAGUGACUUUUGCUGGUUCGCUCCAGCAAAUUGCGUGGCUUGGUAGAGCCAGGUGAGCUCUGCCGGUACCACCUCACUCUAGGUAAACUACCUACCUACGCAUUCAUGUAGUGUGAUGGGGCCAACGGUCCACCUGGAGUUUAGUACCGUAGGGUAGAGCUUUUGCUAGCUUAAGAGGUCUCUACUUAAGGCGUUAAGUCAGCUUGAAAAAUAAGACGGC